AUGGCUAUACCAGCGCACGAAGCCGUUAUUACUUUGCUUCAAGGUUAUUUUAAAGUCCCCAACGGCGGCAUAUUUAUCAAUCUCCCAAUAAAUGUUUUAGGCCAACCAUAUCAUUAUGAACUUUCCUAUAACACAUCCACUUUAAAAGUAGCUGCUGAUGUUACUAUCUGCCCAGAUUCCCAAAAAAUUAGUUUAUGGAAUAUAAAAUGUGAAAAUUGGAUGAUUCAACAAUGUGUUCGAAUACGUACUUGGUAUAAAGAAAGGAAAGGAACAGAACAAAUGAUCGCAGUUCCACCAACAGGACCUGUGGCCACACCAGUAGCAAGACUAUCAGGCAGAUUUGUUCAAGAG